UCCCGGCAGGGCGUGGCCCCGGUGGGGCGCGGCCGCCAAGCCACGCCCCCCCGCGGAGGCGGAGCGGCGCGAAGAUGGCGGCGGAGCCGGGCCCGGGCGCCGACCCGGAGCUGGAGGAGCUGCUUGAUAGUGCCCUGGAUGACUUCGAGAAGGCCAGGCCUGCUGCCCCCCCGCCGCCGCCCCCCGCCGGGGCCCAGCCCUCGCCCAGCGCCGCCGCCAAGGCCUCCCUCUUCGCCUCGCAGGAGAGGUUCUUCCAGGAGCUAUUUGAGGGAGAGCUGGCCUCGCAGGCGGCGGCUGAGUUCGAGCAGGCCAUGCAGGAGCUGGCCCGGGAGGAGCCGCACUUGGUGGAGCAGUUCCAGAAGUUGUCGGAGGCGGCGGGCAGAGUGGGCAGCGACACAGCGUCGCAGCAGGAGUUCACCUCUUGCCUGAAGGAGACACUGAGUGGCCUGGCCAGGAAUGCCACCGACCUGCAGGGCUCCUCAGCCUCGGAGGAGGAGCUGGCGAAGGCGCUGGAGGGGCUGGGGCUGGAGGAGAGUGAUGGUGAGGGCAGUGUCCUGCCCGUCAUGCGGAGCAUCAUGCAGAGCCUGCUCUCCAAGGACGUGCUCUACCCCUCGCUCAAGGAGAUCACCGAGAAGUACCCCGAGUGGCUGCAGCGGCACGGCGAGGCGCUGCCGGCUGAGCAGUACGAGCGGUACCGGGCGCAGCACGGCGUGAUGGGCCGCAUCUGCCAGCAGCUGGAGCGCGAGCGGCCGGGCGAGGGCGAGGAGGAGCGGCGGGCGCGCUUCGAGACCCUCCUCGACCUCAUGCAGCAGCUGCAGGACCUGGGGCACCCACCCAAGGAGCUGGCUGGGGAGUCGCCCCCUGGCCUCAACUUGGACCUGCCAGGGGCGGCGGGUGGCGAGCAGUGCCGCCUCAUGUAGCGCCGGCGGUGGAAUGGGGGCACCCACGGACCCCCGGUGCUGCAUUGCCAAGGAUGGCCCCCGCCUCGUUACUGACUAAUUAAGACCCCGAUGAGGAUGAAGACGAGGAUGAGGAGGCUCCGAACAGAAGUGGAGUCGUGGCCGCUGAGGAGCAGGGCUGGACAUGGCAUCCCUGGCUCUGCCGUCCCAUGCCGUGGGGGUGCUGGGGAUGGUGGUGGGAGUCGGGGAGGGGCCCGGUGUGGGGUGGGGGCACGGGGACCCCGGCCCUGGGGACAUGUGCGUGUCACCCCCCGAUGUCCCCAAUAAAUGUGUUGGCAACUA